UGUAGAUCCAAUAUACUGCUAUUAUUGCUAGUACAGAUGCCCAGAACAUUAUCUGUAGCAUUAGUCUGGGGUAGGUUCAGGCUGUUUCUGGGUGCCAAAUUGUAGUGGAGGGGAAUACUGAGAGAUGGGAACUUAAUAGAUGUUACCCCAGGAAGCAGGCUGAGGAAAUGGGGACUUGAUUCCAAGGCACACUUUCCUUUUUGUUCUCCCUGCUAGACAGCCUAAUGAAGUCCUUGCCUACCAGAUGAACACAGCCUUCUAACAAGAUGAAACCUGCCUUCUUUCUCCUGCUCAUCCUCAUCCCCCUUCUAGCACUGAUGUCCCCUGGCCAUGCUGACUGCGCCUUAGACUCCAUUGUGGACAAGAAAAUAAAGGAAUCUCUUACCUCAUUAGAGCUUGGAUUUCAGGCUCGCCUCACUUGUACAAGUGUGAAGUCCAGAGGCACACUGGCCACUUGCCCAGCAGGGUUUAUAGUCACUGGCUGUGCCUGUGGUUAUGGCUGUGGCUCCUGGGAUGUUCGAGGGGACAACGUAUGCCAUUGUCAGUGCUUGGGCAUGGACUGGACCAGUGCUCGUUGCUGCCAAUUUUCCAAAUGAGAGGAAAGUGGGAACAUGGCCAGGCUUGACCUUGAUUUGCUGACCUUGAAUAAAAUCAUGAUCCCACAAUUCAA